AUGGUUGCUUCAACUCGAAUCACAUCCACCGUCUCGAGGCUCACAAACAAGCAUCAAUCUCAGCUCAUCCUCCCUUCCCCCGCGGACGAGCCCCCCACGAUUGCUUUUGCGAGCCAUCGAGCCAAACCCCGAACCCAAAACCUUUUUGACAACCACGCUCAUGCUCUCCGUUCUACCACCCACCGAACCCUGUACAGAUUCACACCCUUUUCUCCCCUUACCCUCAACGAACGACCGACUCCGUCGCACCGCACACCUGCGCACCAUGGUCGACGCCUACUACAAUAG